CCAAGCUUAUUGGGUGGAGCUCUUGCCGCUCCUAGCUCGUCGACAAGCACACCCACAAAGCCACUGAUAACAAGCACAUAGCAGCCCGCGCUCUCUUAUAGUAGAACGUUCCGAACACCACACCAGCCCAUGCAAGACUUCCAGUCCAUCCCGGGCCUCGCCGGGCGUCUGUUCGGCGGCGCGGCGGCGGCGGACAUCCGGCGCGCGCAGGGCCCGGCGUCUCGGUGCGGCGUGUUCUCCCAGGCGGCGUCUGCGCAGCCGGAGGCGGCCGUCAAGUGCCCGCGGUGCGAGUCCACCAACACCAAGUUCUGCUACUACAACAACUACAACUUGUCGCAGCCGCGCCACUUCUGCAAGAGCUGCCGCCGGUACUGGACAAAGGGCGGCGUCCUCCGCAACGUCCCCGUCGGCGGCGGCUGCCGCAAGGCCAAGCGCAGCUCGUCGGCGGCGUCCGCCCCGUCGACGCCCGCUGCCACGGACGCCAAGAGCCAGCGCCGCGCCUCGGCGUCGUCCUCCUCCCGCUCCAACAGCGGCAGCGCGAGCCCCACGGCCACCGGGGAGGAGACGACGACGGCCGACCCCCCUCCGCCCACGCCGUCGUCCAACUCAAACGCAAACACCGUCGCCUUCGGCAACCGCAGCACCAACUACCCCUUCGCGGCAGACGUGCCGCCUCCGGCGCCGAUAUUCGCAGACCAGGCCGCCGCGCUCGCGUCCCUCUUCGCGCCGCCUCCUCCCCCGCCUCUCCCGGUGUUCAGCUUCUCGGCGGAGCCGAAGAUGGAGGAGGCAAUCGGCUCACUGCUGCUCCCGGGGCAGGCGCCGGCGCAAGAGCCAGAGGAACCCGCCUGCGCCUCCACCGUCGCCGACAUGGCGCCGUUCAUGUCCCUGGACGCGGGGAUCUUCGAGCUCGGCGACGCGUCGCCGGCCGAUUAUUGGAAUGGCGGGAGCUGCUGGACGGACGUCCAGGACCCGUCCGUCUACCUACCCUAGUUUGGUUUAGUUAUUACUACUCCGUAUUACUCAUGGCGAUCUCUUUAAUUAAGCUGUGAUUAAAUCAAUGCUUCUUAACGACGACCAACAGCUAGCUGGUAAGUACUAUAGUACAUGUAAUGCUACGUACGUACUGCCUGCACUUGUACCUCUUAAUUUGUUUCCGUCCCAUUUCUGUGGCUGCACAUCACAGGUUUGUGUAAGAAAGCUAACCAUUGUGUCGCUACAACCGAAUCACAUCACCACUUAUUCU